GCGAAUGCAAGUGAGGUAAAUUGCCAGCGCUCAAAAGUAGGCAACACUUAGGUGAACACUAACGGUGAACGGUGAACGGUGAACAGUGAACGGCGAACGGUAACGGUGUGCGUUGUGUACGGCAAGCGGAAACGGAAGUAAACACUCGUUGGCGCGCCCACUUGAUUGAAUUUGAAAGCGUUCAACCGAGAGCAACUAGCGAUCGACUCAGCAGAUGAAAGCACGCUGAGGAUAUCGAAGAGCAUCGAAGAUCCGACAAGACGAAUAUCGUUUAUCUACGCGCGCGUUGUAUUAAAAAAGAGUUAAAGUGCAUUUCCUAAAUAUACCAACCUUUUUAACUCCGUUUGUUGCAUUGGAUCAACGAUCACCGUUGACGGUGGAUUCCUCCUGCCCCAAACGGAAAAAAUGCGAUAUGGACCGAGAGCGCGAAAGAGAUGUCAAGGCCCUGGAGCCACGCGACUUGUCCUCCACGGGCCGCAUCUACGCCAGAAGCGAUAUUAAAAUCAGCUCCUCGCCAACCGUCUCGCCAACGAUCUCAAACUCCUCUUCGCCCACACCGACGCCACCCGCCAGUUCCUCAGUGACGCCGCUGGGAUUGCCCGGAGCGGUGGCAGCUGCUGCCGCCGCCGUCGGAGGCGCCUCCUCGGCGGGGGCCAGUUCCUAUUUGCACGGCAACCACAAGCCCAUCACCGGGAUACCGUGUGUGGCCGCCGCCUCCCGCUACACGGCACCCGUGCACAUCGACGUGGGCGGGACCAUCUACACCAGCUCGCUGGAGACGCUCACCAAGUACCCGGAGUCGAAGCUGGCCAAGCUCUUCAACGGCCAGAUACCCAUCGUGCUGGACUCGCUGAAGCAGCACUAUUUCAUCGAUCGCGACGGUGGCAUGUUCCGUCACAUUCUGAACUUUAUGAGAAACUCAAGACUUCUGAUUGCCGAGGACUUUCCGGACCUGGAGCUGCUGCUGGAGGAGGCUCGCUACUACGAAGUGGAGCCGAUGAUUAAGCAGCUGGAGAGCAUGCGCAAGGAUCGCGUACGCAACGGCAACUAUUUGGUGGCGCCACCCACUCCACCGGCUCGCCACAUCAAGACGAGCCCGAGGACCAGCGCAUCGCCGGAGUGCAAUUACGAGGUAGUGGCGCUGCACAUCUCGCCGGACCUUGGCGAACGCAUAAUGCUGUCGGCGGAACGGGCUCUGCUCGACGAGCUCUUCCCGGAGGCCAGCCAGGCGACACAGUCGAGUCGCAGCGGAGUGUCCUGGAACCAGGGCGACUGGGGGCAAAUCAUUCGCUUCCCCCUCAACGGCUACUGCAAGCUGAACUCGGUGCAGGUGCUCACCCGACUCCUCAACGCCGGCUUCACCAUCGAGGCCAGCGUUGGGGGCCAGCAGUUCUCCGAGUAUCUGCUGGCGCGACGCGUUCCAAUGUGAUAGGCUCUGGCUCGGGAUUCCCCAGCUCCCCGUGAAGCUGCAGAUGUAUCGAUUGUAUCGAUGAUUCCGUCGGCCUCUGUGGCUUCUGUUUCCGUUUCCGGUUCCGGUUCGGAUUCGGGUUCGGGUUCCGCAUCGGCAUCGGCAUCGGCAUCGGGCUCUUUGCGACGCGGACGUCUGAUCCAUGUGCGUUGCAGGCGCUAGUUGAUCUGGGCCAGGUGACCCAGAACCGCAGGUGGGGAGCGAGUAGUCUAUGAACAAUUCCAGGUGAUACAAAGUACUGAGAAGAAGGGCAAAUGAAAAAUCAAGUGUUGCGCCGAAUUGUUUAUAUAUUUAACACAUUCCAACUCUAGCCACCAUCGUUUUGGGGACUGCGCAUUGCUGCUCUGAGCAGUGAAACACAUAUUUUAGAAAUACUUGGACACCGUUCGGUGAGAGGAUGCAAGUUCUGAAUCUGAAUCUGAAUCCAAAUGUUAUUUAAUGUUUAUCAAUUAAGUUUGCUGGCACGGACACUGAACGCAAAAAUGCUCGCGUGCGUAUUAUUAAGCAUUUGAAGAGCCAAGAGCCCAGCACUGAUUUUGUUUAUUAGCCUUGAGUUUAAGUCGAUAUUGUUUUCUAUAAGUGUACCACCUACUGCUAAUGACCCUAAGUUGUUUCAUUAAAUCGAGUUGGCCAGGGAUAUUAGCUGGCUUUAAUUAUUGUAACACACACACACACACACACACACACACACACACACACGGAAAACUAUGGUAGUAUCAACUCACAGCGAAAAUAGUUUUGUAGUACUUAAUUGAUGUAAUUGAACCUUUAUGAAUGUAAACUAUGGGAUAACUUUUUCAAUAUAUACGAUCCGACGUCUAAAUAGUCUACACCAAUUCAAAUACAAUUACAUGCAAAUAUAGAUAUAUUCAACAAAAUACAGUUUGCGACCACGCCCUCUAUAGAAC